AUGUCUGAGGUUAGGUCUAGUGACCUCGAGACUGGGCUAUCGUCCAGUGGUGGCCCGGCUGAAGGAGAUACAGCCGUCUCUGGUUCUCGAGAGGUUAGGGCUUUUUAUGCCCUUAGGGAGAUUUGUGGUCUGGAUGACGAGACCGUGAAUAGAUUUAAGGAUAGGUUUCAAUUUCCGUCUAGGGUUCGUGUCCGUCGUUCUAGGGAAGAGGAUAGGGCUUGUCACUUCUUUCCAGGCGAAAUAUGCUUUUACGAGUCAGCCUUCACCUGUGGGCUUAGGUUCCCCGUCCACCCGUUCUUGAUGGAACUUUUAGAUCAUUUUGGUAUAGCCCCUGGACAGCUCAUGCCAAACUCGUGGAGGAUCGUCAUCAACUGUAUGCAAAUAUGGUUGGCCUCCAACGGGGAUAUGAUCAGGAUAGGUGAGCUCACCUACCUGUAUCGUUUGAAAGAGUCUAAGGAGUGGGGGUAUUAUGAAUUAGUCCCUUGGGAGAGAAAGAUUAGGAUCGUCAAGGGAUUGCCCUCGUCAUUCAGGUAUUGGAAGUCGCGCUUUUUCUUUGUGUCUGGGGACGACUUCGAGACCCAAUCUAGCCGUGAUUGGGGUGAUAUCCCGAGGUUGCUCCGUCGGUGGGGAACCCCGACCUUAGUUAAGAGACGGCCUGGGCUGAAGAGACGAUAUAAGGAACGCAUAGAGACCGCCAUCGGGUACGCUGAGACGAUUGAGAGCUGGGAUGAACUGGUUGACCCCAGGUCUCUUGCAUUUUACAACCUUGGUCCUGACCCAUCUCCUUUCGUUCUUCGUCAGCUCGGCAUUGAAGGCAAAAAGAAGAUGACGACAAAAUUCAACAAGGACAUGUAUGCAAAGAUGAGGUCAAAGAAGGACGAGCCCCUGUCCAGUCUGGGAAAGAAGACUGUGCGAGUCACCGGCAAGGGUCCUGCCUCCAUCCCCCUCAGCAUCGUUCCUUCCAUAGCUUCUGAGACGACGAGGACUGCUUCCCCAACCGUUUCCAUAGAAGAGCUUCCUACUCCCGGCUCCAAAAGGCCGCGCGUGUCUGGUAAAGGGAAGGAGAAGACGGGUACCCGUUCAUCCACCAUAUGGGAUGACGAGUCUCUGGCCGUGGAAAGAGCUCACGAGGUUGUUACUUCAUCGGACUUGAAGGCUCUCUCUGACCUAUCCUUGAACGAUGUGGCCUCUCGUCACGUCCACAAACUUGUCCAGGUACUGGGAGAAAGUCUCCAUAUCACUGCUGAGUACCUCACUCAAGGGGCCAAGGUGGCGUCUUUGGUAACCCGGAUGGAGGCUUUGGAGAAGGAGAACUCCGACCUGAGGACGAACCUAAUCACUUCCAUGGACGAGGCAACGACGUUGAAGGAGAAGGUCAAGGUGUUGGAGGACGACCUCAGAGUUGAGCGCGAUUUGACUCUCGAGAAGGACGAGCAGAUUCAGGCAGCCAAGGAGAAACUGCAAUCCAGGUUGAACCGCAACCCCUCGUCAUUGAGUCCCUCUCUGAAAGCUCCUCGCCUGAUGCUUGUUACUCCAACUUCUACUGGGAUCACUGCUUCUGCGCCGUAG